AUGAGCUGCAAUCGCUGCAACAAUCCAGAGCGGCACUGGUUAGAAAGGCUCUGCCGCUUCGACAACGAGAGGCUGCACGGUGCCGCCAAGCAGUCUGAUUUUGCGCAUCACUGGGAUGCCCACUGGAUUGCCAAGGUCGCCAACCCUGACGAUGACGACGAAGAUGACGACCGUUACGAAGACGGGACAAGCACCGAGGGAAUGUCUCCAGAGCGACACCUAAGCCAGCUACCAAAGCCUGCUUCUAGCUCUGAAAUUCGACCUCGACCGGUUCGUAGCAAGACCGACAAAGUUGCAAGGGUCUUGCCCUGCGAGCUGGCCUGGACCGUAGAAGAUUCGUGGUCGUCGGACGAGACCACGCCGGCACCUGUUCGCGCCCGCAGACACGGCAGAAGUGCGUCUGCACCUCAGCUCAAGCCUGCUCAGGAGCUUCACGUCAACACCUUCUUGCCCCUCAAGCUCCCACCCAAGGAGCUGACGGCGAAAUCGCCUCUACUCACGUACCCGACCAGCUGGUGGACCGAAGAUGCUGAAGACGACGAUACAGAAGACUGGAUGCAACAGAGCAGGGCCAGGAGCUACUUGGACCGCGACGAGAUGCACCGUGUCGAUAGCUCUGCAAGCUUCUUUAGCACCGUAUCGGACGGCAGCUACCACGGCGACGCCGGAGAUGAAAAUCCAGAGGACCAGCUUGCCAUCGCCAUCCAGCAGCAGCAUUGUUAUAUUUCUACGUCCGCCAUGUCCCCGACCGUGCUGGCCCAGUCACCCAUUGACGUCAAGGAAGAGGGCGACUCGGAUGAAGAGGGCGAAGCGAUUCGAGAGCAAGGUGGCUACAUGCACCACGUUGCCUCCUUUCUUCUCAGCGAGCCGUCGCCUGCUCCAGCAUUGCCCUGGGCAGUCGAGCGACCUAAGUCGCAUUCACUGUCCUCUCUUUCUCCACCGUCACCCUCGCCGUACGCUACCAACGGUCGGCUCCGCUCGCAAUCAGCCGACGGCGCCAAUCUGGACGACAUACUGCAGCAUGACCGUCGCUUUGGUCGCUUCUUGCCAGCCCCGCCGUCUCAGCUGAGCGCAGAGUUGCAAGACCGCCGGAGUACAAUCCACGGUCAGCCACCGACGGCGCAUCGCAACCGUCCAAGCAAUCUCUUGUCGAGCUUCGUGUCUUGGCUCCUGCCGAGCAUCGAAGAAGAUGAAGCUCCAGCUGACGACAACGGGGGCGACUACGACAGUGUCGACUCUUCAUCUUCGACUGGAUUGCUCAGAAACCGUUGGGCGACGAGUUUCAUGAGCCUACCGUCGCUGCUUUCACCCACCGAGUCGCUUCCCUCCCUCUCCAACGGUUCGUCAGUCGUCGAUGACUACGACAACGGCCCGCCAUCACCCUCGUCUGGCUCCUCCUACUCGGCGGAAGAGGACGAGGAGGAAGACACCGCACCUCGUCCAUUCGGUCAAGUGAAGCGGACCCACUCGGGUUUUGGCCUGUCCACCUAUGCAGACGAAACACCCAACGCAUUCUGCGACACGACGAUCUGCGGCAGGUCCGAUGCGGCCCAAAUGCGGCGAGCCAAGGAGCAGGCUACUCUCUCCGCCAGCAAGAGCUCUCGUCAGCGCGGCCUUCUGAGGAGGAACAACGACAUCGUGAUGCGCAUGACGCCCGCCGCAGACGUCUUUCCGCAGCAAAAGACUCUCGCGCCAUCCCAUCACCUCGCAAAGGCCACACCACCGAGCCCGUUGUGGGACGAAAGGCUGGACCCCUCGCCCUAUCAACGCUCGUGGUCGAGCGUGCUCAAUCUUCCAUGA